CUGUGCGCAAACACACAUACACACACACAAACGCACGCACGCACGCACGCACACACACACACACACACACACACACACACACACACGCACACACACACACAGAGCAGUGAUGGGAUAAGAAACGACGCAGUCAUGAACUUGCAGUGCAGCGAGGACUGUGCGGAGGUGGACAGCCAGCCAAGUGCAUAUGUUUUCAACAGCAGACUUGCAAAAUGUGAACAUGCAAGGAUCAAGGCCCAUAAUUGAAAACCUUUGUACAUGAAAGUUCUACACUUGACAAGGACACAAUGACUUACAAUGACUCAAUUAAAGAGGAUUAAAGCUAAAUAGCUGUAAAGAGCACUGCCCAUAGUACUUCCAUAACCAGCAAGAACAACACCAGAAAGCCAAUGGGCAAAUACUGUAAAACCCUAUAAUGGAUCAGAAGAAAGUUACUACAUUGUAAGGAGUGACUGACCCUCUGCCUUACUGGCCAAGAUGAGUAUUACUAAGCCCAAUGAGGGUUUCCUUUUCAGGGGGGGAAAUAGAUCCAGCAGGAGGCUCUCUCUUAACAGUGCAGGAGACCACAAUGGGAAUGAUUUAGCAAUUGCCUCCUCCUCUUCCUGUUCUUCUUCCUGUCUGGGAGAGUUGUCUCCUCAGUGUCUGCGGAGUCUGAGCAGCCUGAGUUGGGACAGGACUGACAGCCCCCUUGAUUAUGACAUGUUUGAGGUAACCCUGAUGGCGACAGAGAUGACCAGAACAGACAAAAUGACAGAUCUUGUAAUUUCAAAAUGGGUGCCAGAGAAGGAAGAUACACCAGAUGACAAUGAUGAUGUCCCUGUGGGAAAGAUACAAACAGCAACAGAGCUAUCAGAAUCCAACGACAACUCUGAGUCUGUUUACCUGGACGCAAACAGCUGUGUAUACUGCCAAGACACCUGGGACGACAAUGACAACCUGACUCUGGCCCUUUCCCAGGUGACAAACAGCAGUAGCCGUUAUAAUACUGAUGAACUCAGCACUGGAAGCAGUAAUGGGCGAAGGCAUGGCUCCUCAGCUUCUGACUCAGAUGUAACAGAAAUCCCUGCUGAUGAUGAUGAUGAUGUAGAGGAGGCUUUGUUUCUGUCUGUGAGCUCUGACAUGAGUGUGAGAAAAAGAAGCAUGACCCUCACAAGCUUAACUAGUCAACUCAGCAACAGCUUGAUAAACCCGGGUUGCUCCGCUGCAACAACAGAGGGGUUUCUGGCUGUGAGUGGAGCUGAUGAUGAGAGCUCAGAGCUGGUGGUAGAAGGGUUUGGAGUUCCCUGUCCCCUUGGUCUACUUGUGGGAAGCCAGACAGAGCCCCCUGCUUCUGAUGACCUUUGUAAAACCACUCAGAUAUUUUCUUUAUCUUGCGCUUUUAUCAAUCUAGAUAAGGAGCCUUAUGAGGUCAUAUCUCCUCCACUUGAGGAAGUUGAAAGAUGUGCAGUUAACCCACCUACCACCAGUUGGCCAGCCAGAGCAGCAAAAAGAAAACCAACCACUGCUGUUUCAACUUCUCCAAAGACAGCUGUGUUCACAACCACCAGACCUCCCAUUGUGGAAAAAAAAAGGUUUUCCAAACUGCAUCUAAAAGAUGUUGAGGCUAAAGUUGGAUCACGGUCCCCCCUGUCUUCACCUAAAACACCAAACCAGCAGAACAAAGAUUUGCCAGCUAAUGGAAAGAGAGUAACUGGGAAGGAGGAAGCACAGACUGGGGAUAGGGGUAAAAAGCAAAGGUCAUCUGCAAAUCCAGUCAAAGUGGCUGUGGUAAGAAAAUCCAUUAGAGUAAAGUGUCAACUCAAAAUCAACCACCGCUCGGCUCAGUCAGAGAGGAAGAGUUUGGUCGUCAGUCAAACUCUCUCUACUUUCACCAGCUCUCUGGGUUCUGAGUUGGUUAAGGAAAGACCCCUGGAUACAAUCAGGAAAGCUGUCCAGGAAGUGCCCGAUAAACAUGAAACAACUGGAGGUUUGGAGACUAAACAUCCAAGUGAAGAUGCUCAUGGAGGUAUUGAAAAAGCUUUAAAGACGGAGGCUGCUGUGGAAAAAACAAGAAAUCCUAGCAGGAAAGUCUCCUCCAAGCUGGGGCCCAGUGCCAGGCAGCGGGGGAGAGGCACCAGAGUGGAUAAGAGGCCCUUAGGACCAGCCCCACCCCCAGGGUCAGUGACAGGGACUGGACCUCCAGUACAUGGGAGCCCCAGGCCCAAGCAAACCCAGAGUGAUGGCUCCACAUUGGGAGAGGGUGAACAGAGCGCUGUGGGUGGAUCUUCAACAAGGCCAAGCCAAAGUCAGAGCCAGGGCAUCCUCAAACCUCACACCAACGCAGAGCGAGCAUCCGUGUUGGCUGCUCCAGAUCCUGCAACGUCCAACUCCAAACCAACAGCUAAUCAGCAGCCAGUGUUGGGGGCGGUCAAACGAGCUGCCACACCUGCCACAUCCAAACUUCCUGUGAAAGGAUUACCCACAAGCCUCAGUUCCUCAGCACUAGGAUCUGAGAUCAGUGCAGCCAUAAGCAAAGGAGCUUCAGCACCAACAGGGACCAAGCCAGAUGAGCAGCCCAGCAAAAGCACACUUCCUGUGGGCAACCAGUGCACGGCAAAGCCCCUGAUCUCCAGAACUGCAGCUACCACCAGUACCAAUACUUCCAGUGAUGUAGUUCCCAGUGGCGUCACUGCCGCUCCAAAGCCUCCUGCACUGAGGAGCAGAGCUCUCUCACUGCAGGCCAGGACCACUGCUACAGGUCUGAAGACCCCGACAGUCACUAACAACAACACAGCCAAGACAUCAGCUGCCAAUCAAGUAGCAGCAAAGACAGUUCCUGCUGCCAAUCAUGGCCUGACAAAGCAGGUAUCCCAGUAUCCCUUGCAAAGAAGCAGCUCAGCAAGACUCAGUCGACUGAAUAGCGCAGUGGACAAAAACAAGCCUCGGGAGGCGCCAGCAAGACCAACAAACAGCAGCUCACAGGUAGCAGCCCCCGGAGGAGGAAACAGCCAGAAAAAGCACCAACCUCCACCUGACCUGGUACCUCAGGUGGUGAGUGCUAAUGCAGCAGUGACAGCAGUUGUCCCAGUGCCAGAAACAGAGACAACCAACACUGGGUCAGGCACCACUGGAGCCUCUGGUCUUGCGUUUAAAGCAAAAACCGGGUCAAGAUCCAGCCCCAAAACAGGAUCCCACCUACAGAAUGCUUCUAAGGCUGGUGCAACCGGGACUGUUGUGGCAGACCGGAUGGUUACUGUUAAACAGAACCAGAACAAAGAGCAGGCAGAGAAGAAGAACCAGGCUAUCAACCAGCUGAGAAAGAUGCUCAUCCAGGGGAAUAAGAGAGUGGAGGCUUUGGCUACAGUCAUCCAACAUCUCUUCACUGAGCGCGAGGAGGCUUUGAAGCAGAAGAAAGGGUUGUCGCUGGAACUGUCAAACCUCCGAGAGGAGUUGGUUUUAUCAUCACAGUGCUGUGAAAGACUGCAGAAGGAGAAGGAGGAAGUGCGCAUCAGCUUGGAGGAGGCAUUGAACAGGCAGGAGGAGCAUCACAACGAGGAGCUAGUGCAGCUGGAGGACAGAUUGAGGAGCUUUUAUCAAACAGAGUGGGACAAAGUCCACCAGACGUACCAGGAGGAGGCUGACAAAUUCCGCUUGUUAAUGGAACAGCAGGUGGAGGAGCUGAGGAGCCAACAGGAAGCAGAGAGAAAGAAUCAGAAAGUGUGUCACAGCCAGAAUAUGGAGUCUCUCAAACUGGAGUAUGAGACCUCCACACAAGAGCUAAAGAGGAUCCAGCAGACAGACCUGGAAAACCUGAAUAAAACUCUGAAGGAGACUGAAACAUCUCUGUCUGAGAAAAUAUCUGAGCUGUCAGCAGAGAAGGCGGCUCUAAAUGAGAAGCUGAAAGCGGAGGAGGAGAGGAGAAAGCAAAUACUCACUGACAAAAAUCUGAAGGACUCCCACACAGUCUACCUGGAGCAGGAGCUAGAGAGUCUUAAGGUGGUGUUGGAGAUCAAGAACAACCAGCUGCACCAUAAGGAGAAGAAGCUCAUGGAAAUGGACAAACUGUUGGAGACUAAUGUGAAACUGCAGGAGUGUCUGACAAAGGUCCAACAGGAGAAUGAGGACUACAAGGCAAGGAUGGACAAACAUGCUGCUCUCUCCAAGCAGCUGUCCAGUGAACAGGCCAUUCUCCAGCAGACGCUGCAGAAAGAAUCCAAAGUCAACAAGCGUCUGUCCAUGGAGAAUGAGGAGCUGCUGUGGAAGCUACACAACGGUGACCUGUUGGCGAGUCCCCGCCGGCUCUCACCCACCUCACCUUUCAACUCACCACAGAACUCUGCCUCCUUCCCAUCAACCGCAGCUGUAUCACCCAGAUAACCCCAACAACAAUGGAUAUUAAUGAUAAACUUGUACAUUUGGAAUAAAUUGCAUUAAAGACGCUUAUUUUGAAAGCGAAAAGACAUUGCAGUGGCACCGAUGCACUUAAGUCUAAGAGUGGGACUGGCCUUGUUCUCUACCAAAUGCCUGGUUCUUCAACAAACACUUCUUCUUUUUCUGAAGAAAACAUAACAGGCACACCUCAGGGUCUGUACAGGCGCCUCACUCUUGUUUUGACUAUUCCUACCUUUUAUUUCUAAAAUGUUGUACAGUUUAAGUUCAGUUUGUCCUGCUCUUUUAUACCACUCUUGCUAAGGGGGUGGAUAACAGAAAACCUUGGAUUUGUAGCAUAUGUAGGAUUGUGAAAACAUACUCAAAGAUGUUUGGGUUUGACAAAUCAUAAAAUGACGGGUACUUCUUGAUGGAUUAGCAUGGAUUCUUUAACUUUUUCCCUUCUUUUAAAAUGGAUGUUUUUUCCCCUUAAUAGCGAAGCUCAAUCACUUCAAUAAAUCUGCUUGGGACCUCUGAAAGAAGUGAAUGAACUUGAUGUCUUACUGUGAACAAACAGGAACAAUUGUUCAGUUUGUUAAUUUGAGGAACUGACCGUUCAUGAACCUUUCAUCCAAAGGAUAUCUGUUCCUCCCUGAAAGCUCCUCACAACCCUCUACCUUAAUCAACUAUGUGGAAUGUAAUCACCCUCGGAUGUUAAGUCUGAGCAGGCAUCUCAGAGCCAAAUAUACAAAAGAAGUGUGUUGGCCAGGACAGUGUUCACCCUGCUCCCCUUUAUUUUUUCCUUUAAAUCUCUCAUUAACAAAAGCAUACGACUCACCCACCUCCUCUAACCUCCUCACCUUGUGCUCAAACAGAAACAUAUCUGUCUUUGAUUUGGGUCACAUAUUAAAGUCCCAGAAAAACUCCCAGACUAUGUAACUGGCCUGUUUGUCCUGAAAAACCUCAAGUGUACUCAAAUUGCCUCAGUUCACCAUGUUUUACUUUGGACACAGAAUAAAUGCAAUAUGACAUUAUAUUAAA